UGUUGUCUUCCUGACAGAUCCCGAUGGACCAGUUCUGCUUCACUGUUCGCUACCUGUGAUAUUACAGCAUAUAUAACACUAAUAACUCUUCUUCCGGAGGAGGACACGAUGGAGGUCGACUCAGUGUUCUACACCGAUCGUAGCGGAAGAGUCGCCAGUAACCCACUGCUGGACCAGCUCCCCAGCUACCAGUCCCUGUUAUACCGCAGGAAGUCCUCGACCAGUACGAACAAGCGAAAGGGCAGCACUAGAACUCGGCUCAGCUCCUCUGGUAGCGGAAAAGACAGGAGAAGACAGGAGGAGAAGCAGAAGGCACAGACGGAGCAGAGACCCAUCAGGGAACUGGCCAAGACCAUGGCUGAGAAACGUAGAAACAAGACGCAGCAGCUGGAGGAGGCUCGAGAUCUCAGCAGCUGGAGACAGUGGAAGCAAAACACCCGCAGGAAUCUGAGGAAGCUGAGGGAUGAUGUCAAGGACUGGCUGAGCUCCCUGCAGCUCUGGAGGGGAGACAUCCACAUGAUAGAGGGGAUGUUCGGCACUGGGAUCUUGUCUUACUUCUCCUUCCUGCGCUUCCUGGUCAUGCUCAACUUGAUCAUCUUUCUGCUCAUGUUCGGCUUUGUAAUGUUGCCCAUCAUCAUCGCCUCCCAUUCGUCAGGGAACACCACCUACAACCAGAAUGAUGGCAGUGUGUGCAGCGUGUAUCCAAGCAGUGCUCGACGAGGCCUGGUCAUCUAUCAUGAGCACAUAACAGAUCUGCUGUCUGGCGGAGGCUUUCUGGAGCAGACCUAUCUUUUCUACGGCUACUACAAGGUGGACAAAAUCCACUUCCCGAACGCCACUUAUAAUUUGCCACUAGCAUACCUGCUGGCCACUAUAGCGUACCUGUUCCUCAGUCUCAUCUGGAUCGUUAAAAGGUCGGCCACAGGAUUCAAACGUAGCCUGGUUUCCGAUGAAGAUCGCUUCCAGAGUUUUUGCAACAAGAUCUUUGCCGGCUGGGACUUCUGCAUCACCAACGAGAAUGCGGCGCGGCUGAAGAGAAGCAGUCUGCUCUAUGAGCUCAGGACGGAUUUGGAAGAAGAGAGGAUCAAGCAGAAAAUAGCGGAUCGCACACGCAAAGAGAAGUGUCGGAUUUAUCUCAUCCGCCUCAUCCUCAACCUCUUUGUCAUCGGAGUAUUGGCCGGUUGCUUCUACAGCAUUUAUGUAGCCACCAUCUUCUCCCAGGAAGCACAAGCGAAAUAUGCAAAGGGGAAUUUCAUUGUGGAUCUCAUCUAUGAGUAUCUGCCCUCAAUAGUUAUCACCUUGGCCAACUUCAUCACCCCCCUUCUCUUCUCCAGCAUCAUCAAUUUCGAGGACUACUCCCCUGCCUUCGAGAUCCGCUUCACUCUCAUGAGGUGUGUCUUCAUGCGGUUGACCAGUAUUGGGGUGCUGCUCUUCUCUCUCUGGUCUCAGAUCACUAAAUGUGGGGAUGAUCCCUGCAUCUGUGGCUACAACCAUGUGCUUUAUUCUUGCUGGGAGACCCGUGUGGGACAGGAGAUGUACAAACUCACCAUCUUUGACUUCAUUAUUAUUGUCGCAGUCACCAUCUUUGUGGAGUUUCCCAGGAAGCUGCUAGUGAACCACUGGGAAUGUGGCCUGACUAAGUGGUGGGGCCAGCAGGAGUUUGCCAUUCCUCAGAAUGUGCUCGAGAUCGUCUACGGUCAAACGAUAUGCUGGAUCGGCACGUUCUACUGCCCGAUGCUGCCUGCCAUCUGCACCAUCAAAUACUUUUUCAUCUUCUACAUUAAGAAGGUAUCACUGAUAAAUAAUUGCAGACCAGCCACACGUCCAUUUCGGGCUUCUCGCUCCUACUUCUUCUUCCUUGGCGUGCUGCUGAUUGGUCUAGCUCUGGCCUGUCUGCCCGUCGCUGUCAGUGUAGCACAAAUAAACUGUUCCCAGGCCUGUGGACCAUUUGUUAAUUAUACCACCUCCUGGGAGGUACUGACAACAACGGUCUACGAGUUACCUGAUGGAGUUCGGACCCUGCUCCUCACUCUCUCAUCAGAGGCCUUUGCCGUCUCGUUCUUUGUUGUUACAUGUUUGGCCAUGUUUUAUGUGAUCGCGUUAGCUGGAGCUCACAAGAGAGUUAUCAAUCAGCUAAGGGAGCAGCUAGUCAUGGAGGGUCGAGACAAACGUUUCCUGAUCCAGAAGCUGUGCCAGGCCCAGAGAAUCCCAGCCGUCAAAUCUCCAGUGUCCAACCCUCGGCACCGCAGCAGCAGCAGCAGCAGAAGCAGCCCAAGCUACCACACCAGCUUCUCCAACAAUUUCAAUGAAGCCCUGUUCCUCGCAAACUCCCCUCCAAACUCUUCCACACAUGUGUAAAAUACUUUACACUGCACAUCGGAUGCAGGACUGGACCAAUGUACUGAAAUUGGGAAAAAAGCCUUAUUGAAACAAUAUUUUAAAUGUCUUUUUUUUGUGAAAACACUGCAUCUUGAGAGCUUCUGUGGACCACCUGGCAUUAAUGCGUCUUGCCUUUCCAGUGAUCUUCUCUUGACAAUCAUAAAACUAUUAAGAAACUGCAGUGCUAAGUAUUUUUAAACCAAAAGUUUUUUUGUGGUGUUUCUCUCCUUCUUUUUUACUUAAUGUUCUCUCCCAUCAUUUCCUUCUGAGAAGGACUUGAUUACUUUAACCACUGGAGUUUGAAAAAAAUAUUCUCAAUUUCAUGCACUUUAAAAGUAUUAACACUAGUCUUUACUUACUUGUAUAUCUUAUAUACUAUGCAUUUAUUGUAUGUCUUUUGUGUUUUUGAAUGUAACAUUUUAUCGAUAUUAUUUUGUCUAAGACUGCAUGAUUAGAAGAGUUGGUACAUUUUACAACACUAAACUGUAUCAAACCUCUUUACCAAUUCUUCAGUCAGUUUUUGUAGCUCUAACAUCACUUGGAGGGAUGGGUGUGUCUGUAAUAGUAGUCGAUUUGGGGUGAAUAUGCUGUGUAUUUUUUGUCAGGUGCCUUUUAUAUGACUAUCUUGAAUAUGUGAGUAUUUCCAUAAAAUAAAAUAAAUGUUUAAAUGAGUUGA